AAAUGUGCUUUCACUUUCACGAUCAUGGAGGGAGAUUCGGGUACCAUUAGCAGCUUCGGGAAUCGCUCUCUGUGUCAACUCAUCAAUGGAACAGGUGUUCUUAGACCACAAGAACUUGUAGACAGAGAGCUUCAAAGAAGUAAAAAGAAGAUUAUUGCUGGUCUCAGUUUGUACAAGAAACCAAGAUGUGUUCAGGGUGAACUUUUGAAAGGAAAGAAGUUGAAAAAAGCUUCGGAAGAAUUUCUUUUGAAAAUGAGUUCAUUUUUGGGAUUGGAUGAAUUGGAGACCUACGAGCUGUUCACUUCCUUUCUGUCCAAUGACUACAGAGGGUCCAAGAAAGACUUACAGCAUGUGUUGGGAAGUGAACGUCUGGCCCACGCUUUGGCCUACAAAGUCAGAGAUUACUACUUCAAUGAAAGGCUGUAUCUGCUGCAGAGCAUCAAGGUUAUUGUCAACUCUUGGCAGAACAACGUACACCCAUUCCAGAGGGAAUUUGAAAAAUUCAUAAAGAGUGAAGAGGUUAUCAGUGGAAAUCUUCAAAGAAUGUUGGUGGAAACAUUGCAACAAAUAUCACAGGAACCCUACCCCACGUGGGAAACCAACAGCAUCUUAAUGAAUGAGAGACAGAUGUAUUUAUGGGCACAAGAAAAUCUGAGAGAACAGUGUGAGAUUCUGGAGAUUCUGUAUAUUUAUGUCAAAGAUUUUGACCUUCCUGAAGAACAGGUCUUCAAACUUCUGGAACUUUUCAAGAGACAUGGCUUUGGUCGUUUACAAAAUUACAAACACGUGUUGGAUGACUCAUUGGUUUUCCUGGUGAAAAGAAUUGGAUAUUUGGAAGUGUUGAUAUUUAUCGAAAUGAUGGAUCUGGAAUCUGUGCAAGGUUGCAUUGAGAGAGGGAGUUUCAGUGAGCAUUUCCUUCUGAAAGACAAGGAAACAUUUUUGAAGCUGGAUAAGAUCAUUCAGACUUUGGGCGCAGAGGAAAGCCAUGGCCCCCUUCUGCUGCUGUGGUCUGCCAUGCACAUGUUCGGUGGAGAAGUGUCAGAUUUCACUAUGGCCAGAAAAUACGGGAACGGUGCCAUUCAUCUCCACACGUUUCAUUAUCUGUACAAUCUGUUGAAGUCGGAACCAUUUACAGAGGAAAACUCAAUGAUAUGUUCUGUGUCCCAUCACACUGUGUACAAUCUGCUGGUUCUGGUGCUCUCGACGUUUGAUGAACACACGCUCGGCUCAGAUCAAGAUGCUCAGGCUUUACACAGAGUUAUUUGCCUGGUUUUAAAACAAGUCAUCGUGUCGGAGGAUUUCUGGGACAAGGGAAGUGAUGCAGGAGUGGGCGGAGUUUUCCAUUCUGCUCUCUUGCGGUUUCCACUUUAUUUUAGCAGUUUUGUCCAGUUUAGUGCAGCUUUGGCAUCAUCCACACCCAAUAGUGCAGAAAGGGUCUUCCACAUCUGGAAACAGUUACAGCGAUACACAGAGUAUCUGGACUGUAACCACUCAUCAGAUCUAACCUCCACCAAGGAAAUCAAUGAGUGGAAACUCGUCGUCAACAAAUCCCCGUACCCCAGCAAGGGUUUUAUAUUGAAUGCAGGAACCAAAGGGAAAAUACUCACAAUGGGAACCAAGCACGAUGCGAGUCCCAUUAUCCAGUGGUAUGUGACCUACAGUGGAUGGGACCUGCUGCUCUGUGAAGUGGAGGUUCUGCUGGAUCAAGUAGCACAGGGAUCAGGUAUGGUGUCACCAACACAAACUGACAAAGUGACUCUGGCCAUAGAACUGGUGAAUGCUGUCCUGAAAAAUCACCCCGAGAGUCAGAGGGAAUUUGAGGCCAUUAUACACUGCAUUUACACACUGAUUCAUAGGUUUGUGAGACUGUUUCACCCUCCAGUCACCUUGAUUGUACAGUGUAUAGAAUGUGUCACCUGUCUGGCCAAACAAAAUCCUGUCAAGGUUUGGCACGACAUGAAACAGACAGGACUGUUGCCUUAUCUUACUGAGAACAUAGACAACAUCGCAGAAAUUCUGAGUGGCCAAGGUUUGAUGGCUGGUUGCUAUGGUAACAUGCUGUUUGGCGUGGAGUGUAUUGAGGGUUUGUACCCAAUCACCACAGCCAUCUUGGAAUUCAUCUCAAAUCUUAUCCAGCCUUUUUUCCAAGAAUCCAUGGAGAAUGAACUCAUGGCCUCAAUUAUGUACAUCCUGAGGGAAAUCUUCCCAGUCUUUCAGAAAUGGAGAUUUUACAAACUGAAGACACGAGAAUUGAUUGGAAGAAAAUGUGUAGAUAUCUUCCACAAAAUAUUAGUAAAUACGAUCACGAAAACCAAACCUGCUGAGUCGACAUUGAAGAGACCCAAAGUGCAGGAAAUUGUUGUUUACAGUCUGUUGUUCACUGAGGCAGGACAGACCUUGCUGGGAAUUAUUGCCACAGGCUCAGACAAUGUAGAUCUGGCCCUGGUUCAACAAGGAAGCAUGGCAGAAGAUGGCAUUGGAUCAGAGACAAUCAGACUGAUACAAAUCUCGUUCUCGGUUCUGAACCAGUUGUUACUGCUGAAGAGUCCAGACCUUCCUCUAUCUCCGGUGGAGUCGGCCUUGUCUUCUCAACCAGUUGUCAGACAAAACCAGCAUAUCAUAGCAACCAUAGCUCAGUACAUCUACCACAAACACAACCCCAGGCUGCCCAUGUUGGCAUGUCUGCUGCUGAAGAGACUGGCCGUGGUGUCCAAGAUGUCCAUAUUGUCCUGUCUUGGGGGAUCAGCUGAGUCCGUCCGAGACAUGUAUCUGAAUCGUCUACAAGGGACUACUGAAGACCUCCGACUAAAGGUUGCCAUCUUAGAAUUUUUGUCGGUGUGUGUGGAGGCCCAGCCAGGGUUGAUAGAAAUGUUUCUCAACGUCCAACUCACUGAUUCCACUUCAUCAGAGGCAGCCAGAAAGGAUUUAUCCAUUGGAAAAAUAAGCUGCCUUCAAACAGUAUUAAGAUUAAUGGAGGCUGAAAAACAGAUGACCUACAAGUGUCCCCCUGAUUUGCUGUGUGCCUGUAUGGAGUUCAUCCAUUCACUUUGGUCAGGACAUAGAGAGACGGCCAUGUCUGUCCUCAGAACCUGCGACAAGUUCUGGUUGAGUGUUUGUGCUCCUCUGACUCGAGAUUUGGUGGAUAGUCGAGAACAACUGGAUAUGGGAUUAUACACUCAUCAAGUGAAGACUGUGUCCCAUGUUAUGGAUAUUUUGGCUGAGGAAAUUUUCUGUGUUGCAAGUGGAAAACUUGAUGAAAAGCUGAAGAAAAUUCUGACUGGAAUAAACUCUACAAAUAGACUGAAAUACUGGACUGGGGAAGUUCGGAAUUGUUUGGUUGAGGAGGCGAAUCAGACGAUUCCUCCAGCAGAUGACCUCUCAGAUCACCAUACCCUGAAGCUACUCAUAGCCUGGAAGAAUUUCCUGAUAACUCUGUCCAGGUUACAGGUGGAACAACUCAAACUGGACAAUCAUUUGAAAGAAAUAAUCAUCAUUGAUUUGAUUGAAGGACUUCGUGCUUUGAUCAAUGGAAGUUCUAAUGCGUUGAACGUGAAACUGGCCAAGAUCACCAGUGCGCUAAUUUUCAGACUCAUCAAAUCAUGGACUAGUGCCUUAAGCAUGGUGAAGAGAACUGUUAAGGAUGUCCAGACAGCCAUAAUAGAGGCUUUGUCUAAUGCCUCUGUAGUACCCUCUCUACAGAUAGGAAUGAUUGGGUCCCUGGUGUCAAUGUUACAGCAUGUCAGAUUGAACAAAUCGAACAGACUAGAUGCAGACACACUAUUGGUUGUGUUCCAGACAGCCUGCGAGGUCAUACACCAGAGUAUAUUCCAGCUGCCGUCUGCCAAAGAUCUCACUCCUGGAAGUUCAGGGGAAGUGUGGUUAAAGAUGCAGGUGUUGUGCUGCUGCUUACUGGAGGAAGUGAUACUACAGUUGCCAAUGGUGUCAUCAUGGCUUCCUGUUCUACAGGAACACCUCAUUAUUUCUUCUCUUCUCUCCUCUGUAGAAUACUUCAUCAAGGGAAAGCAUGGUUUGAAUUUUGUGCAUACUGUGAUGUUGCUUUUCCUAACUAUUGCCAAACAUGAAAAGGGAGCAGAGUCAUUAGCCCUGAACGGACUGACCCAGCAUCUUUGUUUAGCUGUGACAAAUUUAUAUGAGGAUCUUGAACCUUCUGCACUAAAGCAAUCCAUGAAGCUGAACGCCAAACAGAGGGAGAAUUCUGCCACAUUCUCGUGGCAUGGUGUGUACUGCCUCACUGUGGAUCUGUACUCCACAGUUUUGUUAGUGCUGAAAUUCUCAUUCCUAGAGGAUGCCUUCCAUUUCUUGGGAGCUCAUCAAGAUAGAAUGAUACAGUGUUUUGAGCUAUCCAAAGUGCUUCUACAGGAAAAUGUAUUGUUUGAAGCAGAGAAGACCUGUGACUUUAUCAGCCACCUGUCAGCAUAUCUACCACAGUGGAGAAUUAGCUCACCCAACUCUGUACAUCAGCUCCAGGGCAGUGUUUUGUUCAUGUGUCAAACAUUUGUUGCUUACCUCAUGAGUACAAGAUAUUUACAGCAUUUACUAGAGAACAGGGCACCAGAAGAUCAUGUGGCAAGACAAAGACUCCAACAGCAGUCAUCAAUAGAGGAAGACCUACCCACCAAGAAUGUACUGUUGGUGAAGAAGAGACUGCUAGAAAUACUUGGACGAGCAUUUUCCAUGUUGAGAUAUUUUACUCCAGAACUUUGUGAAAUUUUGUAUGAAAGGAACAUGGAUUACGUGGAGCAUCAGCCAUUCUUAGCUGUGGCAUUCACAGCACCAUCUAUUGACCAGGAAUGUCUGCCUUCCUUUGGGACCCUGACAUCCUGUGUGAGAGAUGUGUGUGUCAGAUUGCUAACAAAGCAUGAAGUUAGACCUGGUCAUUCUCCCCAUUCCUCAACAGACACCAGUGUUUUGGAUGUUAUUCCAAAGCCUCUGAUCAUGUUUGUGAUGGAGAAUGCAUUGUACAUUGUGAUGUCACAAGCCAUGAGGCUCCUGAGGGAUCCAGGCCUGGUACAGACAGACAAACAGCUACUGAAGAGAGAACUUGGCACAGAAAUGAACUACUUUCUAAUGGAACUCCAGCGGUACUUAAAGCGCGGAGCCCCCACAUCCCCCUCCCCAGGCUCCACCCAUCGACAAACCAGCCCAAAGAUGGCCGCCACCCCUAACAUUCUGGGUCGCUCGAUAUCCCAGACAGCUCUCAUGUCAUCACCGGAAAUGGAAUUCUUUAAAUUUGUGCAAGAAUUUGUGUCUGCAGUGUUGAAGUGAUCAAAUAGCAUUGGAUUUAAUUAAUGAAACCAAAUUCAUGCUGGAGUAUGCAUCAGGAAAUAUGAUGCUCAACUUAUUUGGACUGUCACGAUAUUGUCAAGUGCCUACCAUGACAUUACGGAUCAUCAGGAUGGAGUCCUCUGGUUGAUCAGGGAUAUUUUGCCAUAUUUUUUUUAUAGCAAGAAUUGGAGUAACACUGACAACAACCACUUGAAAGCUGUGUUCAUGAUUUUACCUUACACUAUAUUUAAAAUUAUUAAACUUAGCCAGUGAUUGAAGCUCUACGUUAUAUUUAAAAUUAUUAAACUCAGCCAGUGAUUGAAGCUCUACGUAUAUGUAUGCUGUGUGAAAAUCAAUAGCUAGUGUUUUAUGUACAAACUUUUCAGUAUAUAAAUAUCAUUUUGGUACAAAA